UAAUCCCUCUGGGCAAGCUUUGUGCCCUCCCGGCGCCUGCACUUAGCUCAGGUCCGGCUUGCCCUGGGCCCCGAGGGGCAGGGCAGGGCUCCCCAACAGGGCUAACUGCCCGCCUCUUCGAUUCUGCCCCCGGCUGGGGGUCGGUGGCCAUUUCCCACUUCCGGGGGACGCUGGGCCUCAGAGUGGGGGAUGGUACGGGGGUGUGGGCUUCGCCUAGACAUCCCCAACUGCCCAGGCUGCCAGGCGGGCUGUCCUCGCCCUCCCCGGGAGCCCAGGGAGUGAGGGGACGAUGAGCAGGAAGAGGCGGGCGCAGAGACAGCGCAGAAUGGGAAGUCUUCCGCCCAGGUGCAAUGGCUCUUGUGGGGCUGUUUCAGGGUAGGUUGGGCCACAUCUCCGAGAUCACAGGAGCCCCAUUUUACAGAUGAGCCCAGGGACAACAGUUAGCAAGUGUCCAAGGUGAGAUUUGCACCCAGGUCCUGGUCUCUCCUGAAGGAAAGGGGCAGCGAAGUGGCGCUGCGGAUAGAGGGCUGAGCCCGGAACGAGGGAGACUCCUCUUUGUGAGUUCAAAACUGGCCUCAGACACUAGCUGUGUGACGCUGAACACAUCAGUUAAACCUGUUUUCCUCAGUUUCCCCUCCUGUAAAAGGAGCUGAAGAAGGAAACCCAGAAACCUGCGGUAUCUUUGCCAAGAAAACUCCAAAUGGGGUCCAGAGGAGUUGGGUAUGACUGAAGCAAUUCAACAACAACCUUCCUAUGACUCCAGGCAGGUCAGGAAGUCGAUGUCUCGCCCAUUGGGAACAUCGGACCAGGGGCCAUAAUGGCUGCUGCCCCUCCCACAGUGGUGAACAGAAUCUUGGCACUCCGAGCCAGGGUUUCUGGUCAGAUCUUCCCAUUUUACAGAGGAGAAAACUGAGGUCCAGAAAGAAGGGAUUUGCCUUAGGAAGGGCACCCAGGCGGUGACUAGGAGGGCCAGGACCACAACAGCAUUCUUUCCUUCACAUCACAAUUGCCCCCUGAGAAGUGGUCACUCACCCUUUAGGGGCCCACUACCUGGAGGAAAGAGAGCUGGGCCUCUUAGGUACAGGCUAACACAUACCCCAGUCAGCGGCUCUGGGUUUGAAUCCUGACUCUGCCUCCUAUUUACCUGUGUAGCCUCUGACAAAUCACUCAGCUUUCCUGAGGGCCAGUUUCCUGGGGGAAGUUGAACUAGAUGGCCCCUGAGGUCCCCUCCGGCUCUGGAGCGAGGCUCCUCUGAAUGGGCCACUCCCCUGCCGGGGCCUCAGUUUCCUCCUGUGUAACCCAAGAGGGCUGGACUACAUUCCCUCUAAAGUGCCCUCUUAGCUCUAAAUUGAUGGCCCCACCAUCCUCCCCAGGAGCCUCGAGGCAGCUCAGUCUCCUUUUCAGCAGUUCCGUCCUUGGUUCUGGAAGGGGAUCAGUGAUGUCACUGGGGACUCAAGUAGCCUUCGGGGCGGCAGGCUGGCCAGAAGCCAUCGGCCUCCCUCUCUCGUCCAGGGGCCAGACAAAAGGCAGGACGCCUGGGGACGGCCCAGGAUGCAUCGGGGGGCCUUGGUGCCGCCCAUCCAUGUCUAACUGAGCUCCGACUCGGCACGAGUUGUUCUCCUCUGCCCGUUGGGCUGGGGUGAGUCCUUGCAGGCCUGGGACGGACAUCCCCCAUUCGCCUGGCCUGGAGGCCUCUCGCUUACCCUCAGCCGGGUUUAUCCCGCCUACCAGGGUUCCACAGAGGGGAAGUGGACGACAGGCAGACACUGACCGUGGAGGAGCAGCCCGGAAGGCCUGGGCCAGUCCUCUUCCCGGGCAUUUCUCAGUUGUGGCCAAGUCCCCUUGGCCCUAUCUGGGAUUUGCUUGGCAGAGAUCCAUUUCUUUCUCCUCCUUGUUUUACAAAUGAGGAAACCAAGGCAAACAGAGGGAAGGGACUUGCCCAGAAUCCCAGGGCUAAGACGUGUCUGAGGCCGGAUUUGGACUCAGGAAGAAGAAGGGUCUUCCUGACUCAAGGCCGCGCAUUGCCUGGUUGCCCUUUUAAUGGCGAAUACCUUUUGCAUCAUGGCAGUCUGCAGUCUGCCUCCUUCUCAGGGUCUGGCUUUCCGCCAUUGGGUGUCAUUGCUGGGGUGAGUGCUGUCUUCCUUCUCCAGGAUCCUCUCUCUGAAGCAGAGUGGGUCACGGGGGAUGCCAAGGAGCCCCCUUUCCAGCCCAUCAAGGGGAGGUUCUCCUAGAGCACCCAAAGAGCAGAAUUUUGCCACUCUGGGGGAAGAGGAGUUGGUGGCCCCCCUUACCUCUGCCUCUGGUCCUGCUUCUCUUUCCCAGGAUCUCCCUCUUUCUUUUUUUUUUAACCCUCACCUUCCACCUUAGAAUCAGUACUGUGUAUGGGUUCCAAGACAGAAGAGCAGUCAGGGCUAGGCAAUGGGAGUGAAGUGACUGGCCCAGGGUCACACAGCAGGGAAGUGUCUGAGGAGAGAUUAGAACCCAGAACCUGGCUCUCCAUCCACUGAGCCACCCAGCUGCCCCCAAUCUCCCUAUUUCUGUUCAGCCUGCUCGGUAGCAUAGUGAUAGAGUGUUGGACCUGGCAUCCGGAAGACCCGAGUGUGAAUCCUGCAUCAGACACUCGCUAGCUGCCUGUUCCUGGACACUAGAUCUCUCUGCGACUCCUUUUCCUCCUCUGUAAAGUGGGGAUAAGAAGAAGCUCUGCUUCCUCCGGUUAUUGUGCGGAUGAAAUGAGUUCACACGGAGAAAACGAUGGGCAACCCGAAGCACUAAAAAUAUCCGGGCUGUUUGGAUGUUCUCCUGGCGGUCCCCCCUUCCCUUUGUCUCGGAGCCGGGGGGCUCUUUGUUCUCCCUGCCAGGCCCGGCUCUCCCCCCACCUCCUCUCCAAGUCUCCCCGCCAUGGCCGGCCGGCAUCUUUCGCCGCCUCUCUAAUGCCAUCUGAUGUGACAAUUCCCUCCCGCAGGGAGCCCCCCCUGUCCCCAGGGAUAAUGGCCGGAGUUUUUUAAGGCGCUAAUCCUCUGGGCCCAUUUCUGGCCUGGGAGCGCUUCUCGUCCCCGUGCCUCGGACCCGGGCUGCUCACAAUGGCACCAAACGCCACCUCCAAUCUCCACUCGAGAUGGAGAGGCGAGAUUUCCUCCUGGACUCAUUUCGGGAGGAUUAGCUAAAUCUUAGAUCCACAAAGCCCAAAGAUUAGGGAGAAUUUCUUUUAUUCGCAGGGGUCUUAGAGUUUUCUUUCCAGAGGGAUUAUACGCCCCCCCCAUGUAUAUAUAUAUAUAUAUUUAUAUAUACGUAUGGACAACGAGAGAUAGAUACAUAUUUAAGACAGCCCCAGCCAGCAAGCCGGGAGCUUCGGAGAGAAAUACCUGUCCGUGUCUGGCAGUCUCCAUCCCUGCUGAGGCUCUUGGGGCUCCUCCUAGCGCGGGGGGCCAUGGCCCUGGCUGGCCGGGGGGGGCUCGGAAGGCCGUGCCCCUUCAGCAUUGACCACAUCCUGUCUAACCCCCCCCCAGCCGCUUUGCCCCCCUUGGGCCCACAGAGCCGGCCCAAGAGUCCGGAGCCGCCCAGGGGGGCCCCUUCUCCCGGAGCCCUGCCUGAGGAGCCCGAGGAGCCGGAGGAGCCCGGCCCGGCCGCCUGUGGCGUCUGCUGCUGCUGCGCCCACCACGCUGGCCCCCAUGGUCUGCAGGAGCCUGCCGUCUGGCUGGACUCUAGGUUUCCUUGGCCACUGAGGCUGCUUCCAGCUACAGGCCGGAUGUGCAAGGGUCCCCGGGGACCCCCAACUGGGACCUUGCCCCCAUUCCAGCCCCUUCAGAGAAGGACCCGGAGGCACCGAACCAUCUUCAGUGAGGAGCAGCUGCAGGCCCUGGAGGCCUUAUUCUUGCAGAACCAGUAUCCAGAUGUGGUGGCCCGUGAACAUUUGGCUAAUCGCAUCCACCUCAAGGAGGAAAGAGUGGAGGUCUGGUUCAAAAACCGUCGUGCCAAGUGGCGGCAUCAGAAGCGGGCGUCAGCCUCAGCCCUCAUCCUUCAAGGUGCUAAGAAGUCCCCGAAGGAGGCGUGCAGCAGCUCCUGAGGAAAGGCGUGAAGGAGGAGAUGAGGGAGGUGGGGAUCCAUGGGAAGAAGGGGGGCUCAGGAUGGGGGGCUGCCAGGGGGUGGGGAGGGCACCUCGCCCCCCCCCCCCGGGGCCCUGACCUCUUCACUCUCUUUGUCCCUCGCCCUGAGGCAGGGGAGGGUCGGUCACCUUGCAGCAGAGCUUGUCCUCUUCCUGAGACCCCAAGGCACCCAUCACUCCACCCUGAUGACCGAGGAGGCCCACCCCGCCUGUUCCUGGACUUUGGGCUAGGUGUGAAGGACCCUGAGAAGGGGCCAGACUAGACAGUAGCCCCCCCCCCCCUUAAGUCAGUCAGGACUGUAGAUAGAAGCUCAGUGUUGGAAAAGACUUGGCAUUCAGCUCAUGGACGUCCAAGGUGCCAGGACCUCGCUUGUUCCGCUCCCCCUGCCCCGGAGAACCCCUUGUGCCAAGCUUGCCACCAUCUCCCAGUGACCACCCAUGGCCUGUCGUGGCUGCUGGUGUCUGCCCAGCCCCAGCUGCACCCCCUUUUCCUGGGCCGCCUGGAGGGUUACCCCUGCGUCUCUGGGGCCCAGCUUUACGAUCUGGCUGAACGCGAGAGAUUGCCUGGAUCCUGGGAGGAAAUUCAGGGAGUGGGGACUGCUCUGGGCUGCUCUGGGCGGGCACAGGCCAGGGUGAGGGCUGCCUGAAAUGCCAGGGCCCGGAGCCGCCCUGUGGGCGUAAUUUGGCAGCCCCGGGCACCAGUUCAUAAAGUAUAUGCGAGCGUCACCUCUGACUAUUAACGCCAGAGUGUGGGAUUGGAAGUGGCAGCAUAACCUGGAGGAGUCAAAGGAGGGACUGGCAUGGCCGGGCGGCUCUCCUGGAUGGGAUGAGAUUGGAGUUGGGCUGCACCUUAGCUUCCUUUUGGCAGCAGCCGUCCACCCUCUGGCCUUGCCUUCAGUCUCUUCUCCCACCCCUGUCUCCCAGGCCCCCAGAGGCACCCUCCUGAGGCCAGAUUACCCCUUGGCUUCCGUGGCUCUGUAGCGCCUAGAAGAAAAGGUCCAAAUCUUCUCCUUGGCAUUUAAAUCCCACACAGUUUGACACUACCCUGCCUUAAUGGCCUCUAGCUCCUUGCUUCCCCAGUGCCCAGGCCAUUCAAGUACAAGUGACUCUCCCACUCUUUCAGAAGGAUGUGUGACCUUGGGCAAGUCCUUAUUCUGUGACAGCCUCUCUUUGCCACUUCCUAUCUAGGUGACCUUGAACAUGGCCUCGCUUCUCUAGGCCUCAGUUAUACAGUUUAACUUUUCUUAAAAUUUUGUGGCUAUAUUUUGUUUUUGUAUGAUUUUCUCUCUGUGUCUCUCUCACUGUCCUCUCUCUCCCCUUCUCUCUGUCUGUCUCUCUGCCUCCCUCCUUCCUCCCUCUUUUCUUUCUCCCUCCCUCUCUCUCUCUGUCUCUCCCUCUCUUCUUCUCUCUUUCCCUCUUUCUCUCUCUCCUUCUCUUUCUCUGCCUCUGUCUCUCCUUCUCUCCCUCCCUCCCUCUCUCUCUGUAUUUCUCUCUCUCUCUCUCUCUCUCUGUCUCUCCCUCUCUCUCUCUCUCU